AUGAGAGACCAUGACAAGAGGACAAAUAACCUGCGUUCGGUGCCAGUCCCUCAACGCUUUCCUCAGCACGUCCCAGGGAGGAAUUGGAGACAAAUCGAAUUGACUCAUCGGGAGACAUUGGCCAAUGGCUUACGUGAGUCGCAUGCACCCGUCGCAGACCGCGACACCACUGCUGUCGCCACCCCGAGUCACCAGCGCCAGACCCGUGCUAAUUGCCUCAACGGCGUAAUUUGA